UUUACUGGGUGCUUCUAAACACUGAUAGUCAGAGAGCCUUGUCUGGGCUGAAAUGAGCAGUGUAACUGGGAAUUCAGGAUGAGGGGGUUGCCUCUGGGAUUUCCUCAGCUGUGGCUGCCCUGCAGGUCCCAUUCCCGCUGUGAUGAUCACGGAGAUGUUCCUGCAGUCGUCCCGACCCGCGGCGUUCAUGGUGGGGGGCUCUGUGCACUGGCUGAGCAACUUCACCGUGGGGCUGGUGUUCCUCUACAUGGAGGCUGGGCUGGGGCCCUACAGCUUCCUCAUCUUCUGUGCCAUCUGCGUCACCACCAUGCUUUAUAUCUUCUUCAUCGUUCCUGAGACCAAGAAUAAAACCUUCAUGGAAAUCAACAGGAUCAUGGCCAAGAGGAACAAAGUGGAGAUUCAGGAAAGCAAAGAGCUUACAGAUUCCUACCCCCUGCAGAAGCAGGAAGAGAAGAAAGUGCUCUCCAGCAGUGAGAUGUGACCCAGCUGUGUUUGGCCUGACAAGAUCUGUUCAGCAGGAAAACAAAUACAGGGAUUCCUCCUUUGAUGCUGAUCUGACAAUCAUGGAGCUGUUACGGCUGGAAAAGACAUUUAAGAUCAAAUCCAGCAGCAAACCUAAUGCUGCCAAGUCCUCCUCUUGUUCCAAGACAAGUCCUGGGCCAGCUCAGUUCUGUGACCAAGUAGCUGAUGGCAUGAGGUGAAGUGUCCCUGGUGUCCUGGUGACACAUCUGGGGACAUGAGCCAGCCCUGGGCUGGGUGUGGGCCACUCGUGAGCAAGGAGUGCACUGAACUCCAGAGGAACUUGUGUGCUUGAGGGUCCAGCAGGGGGAAAUUAAAUUCAAUCUGGUGUAUCAGUGUGCUGCCCUCUGUUCUGAAAAAAGCAGAAUUGUUGAA